GUCGUGGAGUCGGCGGGGGUUUUAUUGCUUCACGGAAAAGAAAAUUUCCCAUCAGAGAUCAGUCGCAGGAAAAACCCCUUAAACCCUUUGCCUCAUCAACGCAACUGUCUCUUCGAACCUCCAAAACUCCAGCCAAAAUGGUAACUGCAUUGAUAGGGGGAGCGGCUGUUGCUGCUGCUGCGUAUGCUGCUAAGUAUGGCAUUAGGGCUUGGCAAGCAUUCAAAGCAAGACCGCCUACACUGCGUAAGUUCUAUGAAGGUGGUUUUCAACCUACUAUGACCAGGAGGGAAGCAGCUCUAAUACUUGGAGUCAGGGAGAGUGUUCCCAUAACCAAGGUUAGGGAAGCCCAUAGGAGGGUGAUGGUCGCUAACCAUCCUGAUGCAGGAGGUAGUCAUUACCUUGCUUCUAAAAUUAACGAAGCCAAAGAAACCUUGCUUGGAAGAACCAAGGGGAGCAGCUCUGCAUUUUGAUGGUACUGGCUAGUGCUGAUGCUCCAAGGGAAUUGAGGCUCGGUUCUCAAUAUUUGAGUUUUAGGAGUAUCAUCUCUGUUUCAGGUUGACAAUUUAUGAUGUAUAUUAGUGGGAAAUUUCUGUAGAAGCAGAUUCAUAUUAUGAGGUUCUUAUAGCUGGACCACGUAUUGGCAGGGCCAUUGUAAUUUUAAUUUCAUGAAUUUGCUUAGCAGGAAUAAGUUAAUAUGUAUUGAUAUUGAAAGGUUCCCAAUUCUUUAGUCGAUCAGUUCUUGUACUCUCAAGUAAACAUGUAAAUGCUGUUGGUUGUUACUGGCCUUCAUAGCCAGCAUUCGACUCUACCAUGUCCUG